GUGAUUGGUCCAGACUCCCCGAGUAUUUCCGCUGCCUGGGACCAGCUAGCCGUAGACUAGCCUACCCUCCUCUCCUCUGAUGUGCUGCGGAAAAUAAGGCAGAGCUCGCCGCUCUCGGGUCACGGACUUGACCGCAGACUACAUGUGGAAAGUUUCGUCCCGUGGACCCGGAGACUGGGAGUAAAACAGGUCAACCAUGUCUGAACUUUUUAUGGAGUGUGUAGAGGAGGAGCUAGAACCGUGGCAGAAACAAAUCCCUCAAGUUCAUCUAAUCGACGACGAUGAUGACGACGACGAACCCAUCUUCGUUGGAGUUCUCUCGGGCAACCAAAAGGACAGUAAGAACAGCCCUGCACCCCCUCAGAGGAACAGUGCAGGGACACAACAAAAGAAAAUCGGUGUGGUUCAGGCCUCUGCAGCCCCCUCACCCAUAGUGCUGCCACUCAGUGUACCCGCAAGUACACUGAAAACGACAACAGUGACUCCACAACCUGUUAUAGUUAAUAAUCAGGGCUUUAUUGUCACUUCUCCGCAAUUUACUACCAACAGUGACCUUAUUGCCACUCUUGGGUCCCAGUAUCCCCCUGGAACAUCUUUUACAAUUGUACCAGCUCCUCGCCAGCAGGUUUUCCAGCAAGCCUCUCCGGCCACGGCGUUGUCCGGUGUCGUCCACCGGCCUCAGGUCCAGCAGAUCAGGAACAACGUGGUGACUUUGGCUAACGUCCAGAGCCCUGCGGUGUAUUCAGUCCAGUCCAAUCAGCUGCAGCCCAAAAUGUCCAACACGCCAACCCUUCAGAACGUUUCUGGGAAGGACAUCGGCGAUCAGAGCUCAGUCAAACGGGGAUUUAUUGCGUCGGAUGGUGCAUCGGAUGUUGACAAAGUGGCAAAGAAAGUCAAAAUUGAUGCAGUAACCCUCCAAGUGGAGAAUGGCAUCUUAAAGAGAACCUGCACCAAAUGUCACGGCACCUUCCUUUCAGAGGAGGCCAUGAAGUUUCAUACGGUGCGUUGCGGUGUGGCUGUAGGAGGCGCCGCCCCGUCAGCCCCGAACAUGAGUAACGGCAACAAACUCAUCAUGCUGGUCGCAGAUUUUUACUAUGGCCGCUUCGAAGGAGACGCUGAAAAGAAGGAGGCGCAGAAGACCAACACCACUUUCAAGUGCCAAAGUUGUUUAAAGGUUCUCAAGAACAAUAUUCGGUUUAUGAACCACAUGAAGCACCACCUGGAGCUGGAGAAGCAGAACAGCGAGAGCUGGGAAAGCCACACCACCUGCCACCACUGCUACAGGCAGUACAUGACGCCGUUCCAGCUGCAGUGUCACAUCGAGAGCGCUCACAGCCCCAUCGAAUCUUCAACCAACUGCAAGAUAUGCGAGCUGGCGUUUGAGUCGGAGCAGGUGCUCCUGGAGCACAUGAAGGCCAACCACAAACCCGGUGAAAUGCCUUAUGUCUGCCAGGUGUGCGACUACAGGUCUUCCUUCUUCUCGGACCUGGAGGCCCAUUUCCGCCGCGUCCACGAGAACACCAAAGACCUGCUCUGUCCGUUCUGUCUCAAAGUUCUCCGGACCAGCCACAUAUACAUGCAGCACUACAUGAAGCAUCAGAAAAAAGGGAUCCAUCGGUGUGGAAAAUGCCGACUGAAUUUCCUCACCUACAAGGAAAAAGUGGAGCACAGGACUCACGCCCACAAGACUUUUAGGAAGCCCAAAGCCUUGGAGGGCCUUCCUCCGGGUACAAAGGUGACAAUCCGGGCCUCCCUGAUGGGGAAGGGACCCGUGACGCUGCACGGCUCCAAUCGAUCCGCUGUGACCGUCACUCCAGAACCGAUGAGCUUCCCGAAUUUCAAAGUCAGGGCUCCGGUAAACCUAGCCAAGGCUAAAACAAAGGACCCUAAGGCGGGAAAGGCGAGGUCUACCCAGAGCAAAACGCAGCAGAGCAAGAAGCAGGAACGUCGGUCUUCCAAGCACAACCUGGCUCUCAAGAAUCUCAGUGCCAAUGAGGGGUGCCACACAUGCAUUGAGUGUAACGCCAAGGUCGACGACUUCCUUUCGCAUUUCCCAAUGCUUUCAAACUGCGGCGCAUGUACCUAUCGGACAGGUUGCAAAAUAUCUUUCGGGAACCACAUGAUCAAAUGUCAUAGCACCAUCAGCAAACAGAGGAUUUUGAAAAUGGAUCGCAAAAAGAAUCCACCUGGAUUAAAAUUAACCCUCAUCUGCCUCAACUGUGAUCUACUCGUCGAUGCGUCUGGUGGAGACCUAAUGUCCAAGCAUUUAACUGAUCAACCGGAUCACACAUGUAAAGUCAUUCAGGAAAAAGAUAUCACAGCUGAAGACAAAGACCAAGACAAAGUGCAUCUGCAGCAGUCAGCAGAGGACACACAGACCGCCCCUCCCUCGCCAUCCACAGCAGCUUUAGAGCCAGAAGAAACGGACUCGAAACAAUCCACAAACGACGCGUUUGCGAGUGAAACGCUCGGCGACGUUGACCAGCCCGGACCGGAGCAGAAUGUGGCAGCAGACGGUCGGGAAAACGAUUCCACCGAGCCCGGCGCCGAUGAAGGCAGCGAAUCGAAACCGGCGUCUUUGGAGGCCGCUUCGUCUCCUUGUUCGUCGGAGGCGCUGCCCGUCCAGGAUCAGCCGUCCGCGCCUGACGGCUUGUUGGAUCCGGUGACCGGAGAGAUGACCCCUUAAAUGACUGUCAGUCAGCUGGAGGAAGGCGGGCGAUACACUAAAGAUCUGUGCGUCGUUUUCAAAGUACGAUGAGGAGAUAAAAGCUUUGGCCGGUCAGGACAACCAGAGAAACCAUUCAAAAUAAAAUUCAACAGCUCAGCACUUUUCACUUCAAAACAGAUUAUUUAGCAUCUCAGCUGAUUCCAGGGUAAUGUCGGUCGGCCAGAAGACGUUUUAGGCUCAUUUUGUUUUUUUUUUUUUUUUUUAAAUAUAUACUGAUGUGUAGUCGUUGCAGUAUAGAGGGUUAAAAACUUUUAGAAAAACUGAAAGAAUUAUAUUCUUCAUUUUUCAUUUUGAAAACUUUUUUUUUCUUUUUUUUUUUUUUUUUUUGAUUUUCUGACCUUUUAUCUUAUUGACUUAACUGAAUUAGUCCUCCAAGCGCGUCUGGUUCUGGGAAACUAAGGCGUGGUCAAGCUUUUCGGUGCAAACUGUCCUCUUCUAACCACGCACUGGAAAAAGCCAACAUGGUGGUUCUGGGUGAUUGUGUGAAUCUUUUGUAGAGAAAUCUAUUUUUCAUCUCAAUUAGGUUUUUAUCAAGCUUUGGUUUUACAUAGUUUAAUUUCUAGUUUGCUGUCAAGUGUUUUUUUUUUUUGUUUUUUUGGGUGGCGUAAUCUUUCACCAGCUAAAGAAAACAUUUAACCAAAAUGUUGAAUUGUUUACAGAGAGUCCCUGAGCGUGGGUGAAAAGCAAACCUUUCCUUCAGUGUUGACCGAUGGUUCACGGCGUCCACAGCUGACUUGGUUUUCUGCUGAGUUUUUUUCAACCACGAUUUGAAUCAUGACCAGAAAAUAACGUUGGACAUCAUCCUCCAAGGAAAUGGUUCUAGUGCAUCUGUGGGAAACGAAGUGGCGAAAUAAUUACGAUUAUAAUUAAGAGUUAACCCAAUAAAUGUUCGACUGAACCGCAACCAUGUUUUUUAUUUUCCCCCUUAACAAGGCUGAAAGAGAAAUGUUGACAUGUUCCCUUCAGAGUAGAUGAAAGAUGUCUAAAGCCACUUCAUUGUUUUUAAUUCUUUAUAUCUGUAAAAAAACAACAACAACAAAAAAAAACACAAGCCUGUAAAUACGUUUACUUCUCUGUAUAAAUGUUUUGAUGAUAUUCCUGUUAUACUCUCUGGAUGCUUCACGUUAUGCAGGGGCUCUACAUUCUGGGUUAUAGCAGCAUCUUUCUGUUCCUGUCCUGUAAAUAAACCUUGACUAGAAGA